AUGAAUGGCCCCACGAGCCGGAUCAGCGCCAAGCAGCCUAGUGGAUCAGUGUGCAACCCGAGGAUGGGCGACGGUAUUCCAUUAUGUGGAGAGAUGGAGAUGAGGCGGCAGUCCGCAAGUAUCCUCAAGCGAACCAGGCAUCGCAAACGACCACCAACCUACACCGUGCAGCUACCAGAUGGCACGCGCGUCGACAAGAUCAAGCUCAAUGACAUUACAGACCAUGUCUCCAUUGCUGAGCUGGAGCGCUUUGAGCAUCACCAAUUCGCGCUCGAAGCCAAUAGUGUGGCUGCUGUUGAAUGUGCAAGACCCGUAGCAGCAAGAUCGAACUCGGGUUCUCCCCUCAGCUCGCUGACGAGCUCAAUGUUCGAGGACAGUGCGGCCUCGCGAUGGAUAUCCGCGCAGUCGCCUGAUGCCAGAAGGCAGGAAGCGUGCGACAGGAGCUGGUCUCGAGAGCACAAAAACGUGGGAAUACUGGAGACUUCGCCUGGCGUGUACGUUGCACCGAUCCACCCAGGAGGUAUCCAAAGCUCUGUCAAGUGGGUGGCGACUAGGUCAUUGAUCUCGGCAAGAACGAUUGAGACAGGAGUUGAUGAUCAGGAGAAUCCAGAGUGGGUUGCAUUCAUCGCUCAGUCAGGGGAGCUGGAAGUUCGUGAUACUGGCUACCGAGGAGGAGGAGAGCUGUGGGGUACUGUUGACGAGAAUGACAAUACGAGAGGUAUGAUGUCUUCUCGUAGGCAGAAGGACUGGUUCUUGUUGCCCCUAGUGCCAGCCAUCGAGGAAAGCAGCGACCUCGUAGCUGUCAGUCCGGUGGCAGAAGUCGUGAUGGGAAACUUGGCAGCAAAUGUGGAGGUUCAGCGACAUCGAUUGAUGAAUCCAGCGACAGUGAACGUGGGCGCGGAUUUGUAUUUGGAGGUUGGGGGAGAUGGUAGAAAGUUGGUGGGCUCGAUCACUUCUGUUUUGAUCGACAAGAGCGUGCUUGACUCCAAUGGUUGUCCGACAUGGCUGAAUCGGACUCGUGGACCACCACCUCUCUUGAUCGACAUGUUCGAUCACAAGGGAAAGGUGUUGCCUGGUCUCAGGACACAUGCUGCUCAGCUUGAGGAGAAUCGGAUUCUGAUCAUCGACGGUUUCUGGUUCGAAGCAGACUAUGACACACCAGAUGUCGCUCCCGAGGAUGCAUUCUUUGCAGCUCUCCCUCACCUGGCCAAUGGCUAUGCUUUCGAGGGGACCAUUGUGGUGGCACCGAACCAGCUGAAGAAUCCAGCGAACAAGGAGAGUCUAAUCAACAAAUGGAAGAAGUCUGGCUUCGAAGUGUGGCAAGAAUGGGUGGAGGAGGAGGCGCCUCUUGUGCUGGGCCGUACCUGGACUACUGUCGAUGUGGAGAGGGAUAAAAACUGCAGCUCAAGCUCGCGAUUACAUCUCGCAUGA